AUGAGUGUCUUUUUGUUGCCUAUAUCUGUGUGCACAGCAAUUGAACGGGUUAUGAAUCGCUACUGGUGGGGCUCAGCGACUGACCGUAGUAUUCACUGGAAGGCAUGGGAUAAAUUGUGUAUUCCUAAACAGUAUGGGAGGCUGGGUUUCAAAGAUCUGAGGGCUUUUAAUUUGGCAAUGUUGGGUAAACAGGCGUGGAGAUUGUUGACCAACACUGACUCACUUGUUUCUCGAGUAUACAAAGCCAGAUAUUAUCCUAAGAGUUCAUUUUAUGAAGCAGAGAUUGGAAAUAAUCCAGGUUAUUGCUGGGGGAGCAUUAUGGCUGCUAAAGCAUUAAUAACAAAUGGAGUAAGACGACGUAUUGGGGAUGGAAAGUCUACCUUAAUAUGGGAACAUCCUUGGCUACAAGAUGAACUGGAACCAAGGAUCCAAACAGAAGAUGUUGUUAUAAUAUACUAA